CUUGACUUUGCCAUUGUGAAGAAACAGAGCCCAGUUAUGGCCAUCUUGACUACUGGAAACGAGGAACUCCUUCACAUACAUGCUGCAUCCAACGCUCAAAGCUAUUCUGGCUAGACACAUGUUAAAAUGGAAUUCAUGAAAGCAGAAAACACCAGGAGGAAGAAUGGAACAAGGGACAUUAACUCUGGGCAGACAUGUAACAGCCAAUCCUAAAUUUCUAUGGAAAUGCAAGGGACAGAGACAGCCAAAACAAUCCGGAAAAGAACAAAGCUGUGCGAUCCACACGUGCCACUUUCAAAACUUACUUCAAAACUACAGCAAUCGUAAACUGUGGUACUGGCAUAGGGGUAGACAUGUAGGUCAAUGUUUUUGAAUUUACAGUGAGAAAUAAACCCAUAGAUUUACGAAUAGUUGAUAUUCAACAAGGGGGCCCAGACCAUUCAAUGGAGGAAUGAGCAAUCUCUUCAACAAACGGUGCUGGGAAAACUGAAUGUUGACAGAAAAAAGAAUGAACGUGGGCUCCAGUUUCACACCACGUAUGAAAAUGAAUUCCAAAACGGAUCACAAACCCAAACGUAAGCGAUGAAACUAUGAAACCCUUGGAAUAAAACAUAGAUAUAAAUCCCCCUGGCUUUAACUACACAACAGUUCCUUACAUAUGGCAGCAAAAGCGCGGCCACAAAAGAAGGGGGGUGGUGGAGAGAGGAUAAGUUGUACACCAUCCAAACCAAAAACUUUUGUGCAUGAAAGGACUCUGUCUAGAAGGUGAAAGGACAAAACGCACAGGAUGGGAGAAGCAUUUGCAAAUCACACGUGGGAUAAGGGUGUAUUUUCCAGAAUGCAUAAAGAACACCUACAAGUCAGCAAUGAAAGCACGAACGAACAGCCCAGUUAAAAAAUGGGAAAGGACUUGAGCAGACGUUCCUCCAAAGUGGAUGUGCGAAUGGCCAAGAGGCACAUGCAAAGACGCUCAACAUCAUGCGCCAACAGGGCGAUGCGAAUCACAACCGCCAUGAGGCACCACUUCGCAGCCAGUAGGAUGGCUCUUCUAGGCACAAGAAAGCAAAACAAAGGCAAAAAGACGGGUUCGGGCGAGGGUGCGCAAGGACUGGGACUCACACACUGCUGCUGGGAAUGCAGAGCUGCUGUGGGAAUCCGCUGGGCGGCUCCUCAGUAAGUGACCGGCAGAAUUAGCACCCGACCCCUCAAUCGCAGCCCCAGUGCAAUUUCCUACCCUAGGGAAUCAGAAACAGGCGCUCAAACAGAACCCUGUGCAGGAAAUGCUCGGCGCAGCGCUGUUCACAUCUGCCGCAAGGUGGGAAUGGCGGAGCUGCCCGUCAACCCGUGAACUGGGAUAGGCCGCCACACACGGUGUGUCCCUGCGGUGGAAUAUUACUCGGCCGUGAAAAGGCUUGAAGUGCCGACUCACGCUCCCACACGGACGAACGGACCCUAGUGACAACGCUGCGCUACGGGAAAGCAACCAGGCACAGAAAGCCGCCUGUUCGCCCAGCGAUCCCGCGUGCAGAAAGAAGAUAUAGAGUAGCGGCUCUGGAACCCUGCCGGUCGGAAACUUCGGGCCAACUGGCUUUUUACACCGCUUCCCGCCACAUCGCACCAUAUCCAGCCCUAUCCGACCGCAUCCAGCCACACCCGACCGCAUCCAGCCCUAUCCCACCGCAUCCAGCCGCACCCGACCGCUUCCCGCAGCGCACGCCAGACCGAGGCCCGUCCGAGAGAGCGCAGCCGAGGCCCAGCAUGCCUGUGAGGAGGAGCCGUCGAGGGUCGUCCGGUGGCCAGAGCCGGUCCGCUCCCGCACUGCCCGCCCGAGCCGAGUUGACGUUCUCCGUGAGCCACGUGGAGCGCCUCCUGCGGGAGGGCCGCUACUCGCAGCGCCUGGGCGCGUCCGCCCCGAUCUUCCUAGCGGCCGUCAUCCAGUCCCUGACGGCCAAGGUCCUGGAGCUGGCCGGCAUCGAGGCCCGGAACAGAGGCAGGAGGCUCAUCACCCCGGAUGUCGUGGACAUGGUGGUCCACAACCACCCGCUGCUCAGCGCCUUCUUCCAGUCCACCAUCAUCUCCCAGGCGGUCCCGGGCUGGAACUAGCUGUCCCACGCGACGUGGGGUCCGGCAGGCGCCAGGCCUACUCAUGGCCGGGGUGGGCCCCGGCCGGCCUGGUGCCUCAGGCAGUCCCUGAAAGCCAAUAAA